AUCACCUGGAAAAGAAAACUGACUUAUUCAUCUUUCUCUAAUAAUCUACAUCUAACACACUUCUUUACAUAUAAUGUCAUGUUCACUACAAGACUCACUUUAAAAGUUCACAGAUUGGUACAGGUUGAACCUCGUUAAUCCUGGAAGCUUGGGACCAGACAGGUUCUGGAUUAUCGAAAAUUCUGAACCAUUGAAACCGAGAUUAUAAAGAGGCACACAAGGUCCGGACCGAUGUACCACUGCCUAAUUUCUUCAGUAUACAGUGUAGAUGUGUGAGAUGAUAAAGACGACACCUGCCAUCGAGGACUACUGAGGGAGGAAGAAGAUUCAUCCUACGCACCGCCACCCUCAAGGCUGGCGGUGCGAGGUAGAGAGAGGCUCCCACACAACACACACAUCAGUACACUUUCACUGUUAGCAAGGUGAGGUACACUAAACCACGCUCCGGAGCCUCACACCACACCGACUACUCCCUCUUGGUGUCAUGUGGACGAGCAGGUGACCGCCCUCUCGCGGGAUCUUGUCAAUUACGUAAUGCUAAGGAUGUUGAUGUGCCGACGGCGUGGGCGUGUAGCGAGUGUGGGCGUGGCGGCGUUACUCCUCUUCCUCCUCAUCUUCCUCAUCAAGGACCCCAGGAUCUCCUUCGAUGAUGACCCCGACGUUAUGAUCCCUCUUAAGUCUCGCCACCCCCACAACCAGGAGGUACAUAGACAAGAGGCACUACACGUAGUGGUUGGUCACUACAUGGGUGACAACUUAUACCUGGCAAGACAUUACAAGCCUAACACAAGGUCACUCCUCAACACCAACGGGUUCUCGCCACAGCCUACAGCAGGAGAGAACGGUAACCCGGUUCAGAUACCCACCUGGGAGACGGCCCGCAUGCAGCAGCUUUACCACAUCAACAAGUUUAACCUCCUCGCCUCUGACCGCAUCCCUCUCAACCGCACUCUCCCGGACGUCCGCAAGAAGAAGUGCCACGACAAGGACUUCAAGGUGGAUCGUCUGCCAUCCACCUCUGUCAUUAUAGUGUUCCACAACGAGGCCUGGUCCACCCUGCUGAGGACCGUCCACUCUGUCAUCAACCGCUCACCGCCCAGGCUGCUCGAGGAGAUUCUAUUGGUGGACGACGCUUCUCAAAGGACGUUCCUCAAGGAGCCUCUGGACGAGUACGUGGCCAAGCUUCCCGUGUCAGUGAGGGUCAUCCGCUCACCUGUAAGGACGGGGUUGAUCCGUGCCCGGCUGUUGGGAGCUCAGGAGGCCAGGGGCACGGUCCUCACCUUCCUUGAUGCCCACUGUGAGGCCACCACAGGAUGGUUGGAGCCGCUACUGUCGAGGAUCGCGGAGGACAUGACCCGGGUUGUGUGUCCCAUUAUCGACAUUAUUCACGAGGACACCUUCCAGUACGUGAGGUCCUUCGAGCUACACUGGGGAGCCUUCAACUGGAACCUUCACUUCCGCUGGUACACUCUAGGACAGCGUGAACUUGACGAGAGGAGGAAGGAUAUCACCGAGGCUUACAGGACUCCAGCCAUGGCCGGAGGACUCUUCAGUAUCCACAAGGACUACUUCUACCAGUUGGGAUCCUACGACAGAAACAUGGACGUGUGGGGAGGAGAGAACCUUGAGAUGUCCUUUAGGGUGUGGAUGUGUGGCGGGUCAGUGGAAAUUGCCCCCUGCAGCCACGUCGGCCACGUCUUCAGGAAGAGCUCGCCCUACACCUUUCCGGGUGAGGGUGGCGUCGGUGGGGUGCUCUACCGUAACCUGGCUCGUGUGGCUCUGGUCUGGCUCGAUGACUGGGCUGAGUUUUACUUCAAGAUCAACUCUGAAGCAGCGCGUGUGAGGGAUGACGUGACGGUACGGGACAGGUUGAUGUUGAGGGACCGUCUUAACUGUCACAACUUCCAGUGGUACCUGGACAACAUCUGGCCCGAGCACUUCUUCCCCAUGAAGGACAGAUCCUUCGGCAAGAUCCGCCACGAGCAGCAGGGUCGGUGCCUGCAGAAGCCUGUCGGUCAGGGAAGCGGCAGCAACCAGCCGACGGGUCCAGCUGUGCUCCGGGAGUGUGUUAUAGAGACUUAUCCCCUCCAGACCUUCGUCUUCACCAAUAAAGGAUACAUCAUGACGGACGAGAGUGUGUGUCUGGACGCUCCUGACGCGGACUCAUCCCCGGAGCCUCAGGUGCGCAUCAUGGCGUGCAACGAGUUCGAGCGUCAGCGGUGGACUUACAAUGAGGACAACCUCCUCUUGAAGCACCUCAUGUCGGGCAUGUGCCUCGGUCUGCCCUCCAAGGCCAACCCAGAGACUUUGUCACUCCAGAAGUGUGACUCUUACAACAAGGGCCAAAAGUGGAUUUUCCAGCACGAGGACUGGACUAAGGCCAGAUAAAAGUUGGUGAGACUGUCAGGUAUAAGAGUUAAAAAAAAGUCAGCGUAAAUCCUGGGUUUUCUAAGGAAUGUUUACGAAGUUUCCAUUGCCACAUUUUCAUUGGAAUCUGGUUAGUGAACAGUGAUUAGCUCCUCUUAAAAUUAAUUACAUUAAUGUAUUUAUGAGGUGGUUACAACGCUUGAAAUCACUGUCAGAAAUAGGCGCCGUCCACGGUGAGACUGGUGGCUGGAUCUGCCAUUGAUGUGUGAUUCCUUAGAAAAGAAUUUCAGGGAGGCUGUCCUCUUUUAUAAACCUGGAGUCUGGGUUCUGUAAGGGGUCAUGUCAGGGGGUCAAAGUUGGCGCGACACUGUUUUGUGGAGUGUGUGUGUGUGUGUGUGUGUGUGUGUGUGUGUGUAUACAGUAAAGGAGACGUUUAUAGUGUGACUUUGCGUCCAUAAAAUAAGGUUAGCAUAACUCUUAUAAUUAAUUGGACCCAAGAAGAUGCUAUAAACGUCUUCUUUACACACACACACACACACACACACACACACACACACACACACACACACACACACACACACACACACACACACACACACACACACACACACACACACACACACACACACACACACAUUCCCCAUUCAGGCCCAGAAAUGACAACUUAAUACUACAGUACAUAAUAAGUUCUACCGGGGAGAAAUGUUAUCAUACGCUGAACUCUCUCCCUUAAACAGUCUGUAUCAAGAAUAUAAUGCAUCUGUGAUAUCAGAAAUAAGAACAUGGAGGAGUGACAGUCUUGAAAACGACCCUCACUCUCUUCAUGCUACAAUAAACAAAGUGAUAUUUACUUGACACAUUCGAGAUUGGUGUCAUCCUGUCGAGCACUGGUGGGGAGAGGCCAGUCCUGUAGCCUGGCUCUCUCACAUGGACGCUAAGUAAUGCAAACAAUAGAUGAACAGAUAAAUAAAUGGGUAAAUAGCCCGAGAGAAACAGACAAUGGUGGAAAGCCAAGUGUUAAUCUGAGCUGAUAUAAAGAUUUGGAUUUUUUUUUAUUAUAGUGAAGCGACAUUUUGUAACUUGUCUGAUUUUUCUGUUGUGUUGACCCGACCACACACGGUACACGAGGAGCGGCGGAGAAUAGUAAGUACUAUCUAUUGUGAUUUUUAUUGAUAUUAAGCUUUUUUAUAGGUUCCUAAAUAAUUGACGUUAUAUAAUACUAUCCAUGUGUUAUAAUACAGUAGAAUUGUGGAUAAAAUACCUAUCGACUGUGUUCAGUGUAAUGUGUGAAGUAUAUCUGUAAUGACUGCUAUUCGAUAUUACGGAAGAUGCUGUGAGUACAUUAUUGUAUUACCAGUUAGAAUACUAGUUUAGUCUUCUCGAUAUUGUAGAAAAUGCAUGAAAACAGUGUUGUGUGCGUUGACUGUGGUAAAUGAUGGUAACACAAGCACUGUACACUGGUAGUAGUAAACGUAGGAGGCCAUGUGAACUCGGGUGUGUUGUGGACUUUUGUUCCUAUAUCAUACAGUGUCAAGCAGGAUGUGCUGUCCCACCUGCAUUAUUUGUUAAGUUUAUAUUUCCCCUGUUUCCUCUUUUCAUUUUGUAACAAUAUACAACUGAAUGCCAUUUCUUCCUUUUUAUGGCAGUCUCAUUAAAAUCCGGAGAGGAAUUUAUUUUAUGCAAAGUGACGACAACCUUUUUCCCUAUUUUAUAUAAGUUCCUUUUAUAUUAUUAGAAAGUCAGUCUUCAAAUCAUCUAUUGUAAAGAACAUAUUUUUUUCUUACAGCUCACCUAGACAAUUAAUCGUUUCAAAUUGAUUUUUCAUAAAGAUAUUCUGAAACAUCAUCAGAAUUAGACAGAGUGGUGAAGUUUGGCAUGUACAGUACAGUAUAGAGAAGUUACCCUCUCAGAGCAAAUGUUUUCUUCCACACCGUCUUCGUUUUCUUUCACAGGUACGUUCUAAUGGCUAUAUAAUGUACAGCUACAGUACAUGUAGUUACAUAUAUUAUUCAAUCACGAAUUUUAGUCUUUUUGGUGUACAAUGAAUGUGUUAUUUCAUUUCUUCACUGUUUAAACGUUAAAUCUGUACUUAAUGAAAUACAAUGGAAAAAGGGAGAUUUUGUGGUGACCGAUUCGUAGAGAGAGGUAAUUUUACUAUUUACCGUAACACCUUUAGUAUUUUGUAAAGCUUACAUGUUGCUAUCGACACAACUUUAGAUAAAAUGAACACUCUACUGAAUUAUAGUUUAUAAUGGUUUCAAGAGCAGCACUUUUCCCAGUAUCAAUUUAAUGUCGUGUAGGCAUUAGUCUUCCUUUAGGGUGGUUUUAAACUAUUUCUCAACAUUCCUCGGAACUCUAUUGUGCCACUGUGACAUGGAGGCUGCGAUAGUGGUUACAAAAGUAAUUGCAUCAUAAUGUACUCCCAUAUUUACACCUGUUGGAUAUGGCUCCUCAUUCUGAGUUCUUUGUUGACGUGUGCUAGAUGGAUCAUUCUAUACACCACAUUCUUAAACGAUUUAAAUAAAAACAAAGGAUUGGAAUACUACGUUUGCUUAUCGAUUCGGAUCCAGAUUCACAAAUUGCUCAUGAUUGAAGGUUAACGAUCGCUCACUGCAUAUAUACAGUUCAUAACAUUUAAAGAUAGCAUAAAUAUUACAUUGAAGCUCAACCUUAAUUAGAUACGUUCAUAAGCUCACUUAAUAACAGUUAGUAGAUAAAUUUGAGGUUAAUGGUCUUUUGAAGAGAUUACGUUAAUUAAUUUUAUCUCUGAGUUGGUGUUAAGUGAAUGUUUCCAGUUAAGGUAGAGUUUCAGUGUUUAUUUAAAGUAUUUUGGGGUAUUAUUUUGUAUUUUAGCUUAAGUCAACUCCUUGUGUGCAAUUCUUAUAUCUUCACUUACAAGAAUGCUUAUCGUACGAGCCUUUGUGAGUCAGGACCAGGAUAUAUGUUAUAAACAAGUCUUUUAAACUGUUUAGAGAAAUGCUAACUGAAAACAUCGUCUCCAAAAUCCAAUGAAAAAACAUUAUUGUUAUGGUGUUAAUGUAAUAUUCAGAUGUUUACUAAUAGACAUGAUCUAAAAAUAUCACGUUACAGUGUUUAUAGAAUGUUCAGACUUAUAGACAUCGUAUAUUUCAUCUUUAGUUCAACGAUCUCUUGAUAAGAUAUAUUUCUCGUUUCUUAAUUUAAAUCGAAAUUCCAUAUAUAUAUUUCUAUGUAGGUCAGAUAUACGACCCUUGUAUAUAAGUCAUAUAUAUAAUACAUACAUAGAUGAACGCUACCAGAGAGAGGUACACACACACCAUAGGUCUAACGCCUAGUGUGAAGGCCUCAAGUACCAAGAGGCAAUCGAUGUUAUUAAUGUUGUCUUGUAAUGUUUAUCCAUCACUAAAACUAAACACGUAAUUGAAACUCUCUUAAAACAUUUCAUCACAUUUUGCUAUUGUUUGUGUUGAUAUAACUUAAAGUAUUCUCCAUAUGUGUUCAAGUUAUGUAUUUUACUUUGUUCCAGGAUCGAUGUUUGUGACGGAAGGUGUGUAGUGUAUAUGUUUUGUGUGUGUGUUUCGCUUAUCAUUCCAUACAAAGUGUUGGUAUUUUGUCUUUUAACUCGUGUACACAUUAAAACAUGUCAUUAAUA